UUUAAUGGACCUGAAUUACAGACCUUUGAUUCAAUUCCUUUUAAUUUAUAGUAUCAAUUCAUACCAAGAGUUAUCUCGAGAAACGUUACAGAUAACUUUACAGAUGACUUCUUCAUCUUCUAGUGGAGGGGAUCCAACAGACCCUGGGAGAAGGGACUCUGCCUGCUGUGGACCCUGUCAGGGCGCAGAGGAGUGAUCUGAUGAGAUAUGUCUGUGAACUGGAACUUGACUCAAACACAGCCCACAGUAACCUCGAACUGUCUGACAACAACAGGAAGGUGACACAUGUGGAGGAGGAUCAGCCAUAUCCUGAUCAUCCAGAGAGGUUUGAGUACUGGCCUCAGCUGCUGUGUAGAGAUGGUCUGACUGGUCGCUGUUACUGGGAGGUAGAGAGGAGAGGAGGGGUUGAGAUAUCAGUGAAUUACAGAGGAAUCAGAAGGAAAGGAGACGGUAGAGUCUGUGUGUUUGGAAGAAAUGAUCAGUCCUGGAGUCUGAUCUGCUCUGAUGAUCGUUACUCUGUCUGUCACAAUGACAGAGUAACAGCCCUCACGUCCUCCUCUGUCUCUAACAGAGUAGCAGUGUAUGUGGACUGUCCUGCUGGCUCUCUGUCCUUCUACACAGUCUCCUCUGACUCACUGAUCCACCUCCACACCUUCAACACCACAUUCACUCAGCCUCUCUAUCCUGGGUUUACGGUCUGGCCUGCUUCCUCAGUGUCUCUGUGUCCUCUCAGGAAGAGACAACUUCCUGUCCUGUGGUUUAAAUGUUGAUGGAGGACAGGGUUCACAUUUGUCUCUGAUUGUGUCUUUAAUGUCAGAAAUCUUCUUCUUUGUUGAAAUGAUCUCCUCUGGGAUGAAAACUAGUUCUGUAUGAACUGUGUUGACUUUGAUUUUCACUUUAAUCUCAUUUUAUUGGAGCAGCUUCAGCUGUUAGGGAUUUAUUUCCAUCUAGGUUUAAAAAUAAUAAAUAUAAA